AUGUACGGUGGCUACGGUGGACUUUCUUCCAUGUACGGUGGUUUGGGAGGCGGGAUGUCUCCCAUGUACGGUGGUUUGGGAGGUGGAAUGUCCUCUAUGUACGGUGGUUUGGGAGGUGGAAUGUCCUCUAUGUAUGGUGGUUUGGGAGGCGGAAUGUCCUCUAUGUACGGUGGCGGAAUGGGCGGUAAUGGUCUAACAGGUAAUAUGAUGGGAGGAGGAAUGUCAACGGGCAUGGGUGGAGGAAUGCUAGGAUCUAAUGGAGAAAACACGAACAGUUUACUUCCUCCCCAGUGUGAUCAGCAGACGCUUAGACUUCCAACCAAUGCUCCUAUUAAUGAAACCCCAAAAGAACGUCGAGCAAGACGCCGUCAGGAACGGAUGCAAGAAAAAGAAGCUAUUGAGAAGCAUCGUCAACAAAAAAGGCAGUUUGCAAUACAUUCAACGAUAGAAGUAGCUGGACAUGUGCUACAAAUAUUAAUUCAAGUUAUGAGGUCAGGCCUUGAACUUUUUGGUGUUGGAUUUGGUACGUAUUACAGCAUCAAGGCUCUAAAGGCUCUUGUCAAAAGUCAAGAAAACUCCGUUCCACGCUCUGUUGUACAGAAGGCCGUUAUACAAGGAAAUGGAGAGGUGUUAAAAGAUGGUGGAAUUCCCAAGAGCAAUAAGUGGAAAGUAUGGUUAUUGAUUUCUAUGUUGUUUUUAACAUUAGAAGGACUAUAUAAUGUACUUCAACGUUUACGUAACCCUCAUGGACGACGAGCUAUUAACCGUGGUCAAUCUGAUAUACUUCUUACAGAUGAAGAUGAAGAAUUGCAAGAAAAUUUAGAUGAGACAAGUGAGUGUAGUAGUGAUGAUGAGAGCUCGAUGAACUCUACAUUAUCAGUAGAGGAUAUUUAUGAUAGUACAAAUGUAAAAGGGAAAUCAAAAAAACGUGUGUUCAUAGCCGUAUAUGACUAUGAAUCUCCAGAGAGAGAUGGUUUCCUUGGAUUUAAGGCAGGAGAUCGUUUUGUCAUUGAAGAUUAUGCAGAAAAUGGAUGGUGCGAAGCCACUCUUGUGGAUGGUUCAGAAAGAAUGACACAUAAAGGUCUAGUCCCUGGUAACUUUCUACGAGUUCUGGAGGGUGAAACAAAAUUGUAA